GUGGCAAUCACAUAACAAAGAAAAGGAGCCAGCUGCAGUAGUGAGAGAAAGUUGGAGAGAGAGAGAGAGAUGGGGAGAAUUACUAGUGCUUUGUUGCUGCUCGCGGUGGUGGCCAUGUGCCUCGCGGUGGCAAUGGUGAGAGGUGAAGGAGGAGAAAGGAGGGAAGAGAGGUUCCUGUUGCGGGACAUGAAGCGGGUGGUGAAGACCGAUGCAGGGGAGAUGAAGGUGGUGAGGGGCUCUAAAGGCUGGAUUUCGGACAUGCCAAAUAUUCAUGUCGGGUUUGUCACCAUGGAGCCCAAUUCCCUCUUUAUUCCUCAGUACCUCGACUCCGACUUGAUCCUCUUCAUUCGUAGAGGGGAAGCAAUGAUUGGGUCAAUCUACAAGGAUGAGCUGAUAGAGAAGAGAUUGAAGAGCGGAGAUGUGUAUAGAAUUUCAGCUGGUUCCACAUUCUAUGCGAUCAACACAGCCGAUGGCCAACAGCUUCAUGUCAUUUGUAGCGUUGAGAAAUCUGACAACAUCGGAUUGGGCACAUUCCAGUCUUUCUUCAUCGGUGGAGGCUCAUAUCCAACAUCUAUACUUGCUGGUUUCGAACGCUCAACCCUUUCUACCGCAUUAAACGUCUCAGAAUCACAAGUGAGCCAGCUCUUGACCCGACAAACAUCCGGCCCGAUCAUCUCCUUGUCAAACACCAACUCCAACUCGGACUCACACCAAUCUUGGACCCAGUUCUUGCAAAUGAGGCAUCGCGAAAGAGUGCAAUGUUUGAAGAGAAUGGCAGCGCAUUUCGAAGAAGAACUAACCGAGGAAGAGGAGGAACCGAUUAUGAGGUCGUUUAGGAAGCUAUUGAGCUUUGUUUUUGGAAAGGAAUUGAGUAAUGGAGAUGAUGCAAGGAGAAGCAGCAGCAAAAAGCCCCACUCCUACAACCUCUAUAACAGGAAGCCCGACUUUGAAAACGACUACGGCUCCAGCGUCGCUCUUGACCAGUCCGACUAUUCGCCUCUCAAGCGCUCCGGUGUUGGCCUCUAUUUAGUCAAUCUUAACGCGGGAUCGAUGAUGGCGCCACAUCUCAACCCAACAGCAACAGAGUACGGCAUCGUUUUGAGAGGAAGUGGCACAAUCCAAAUAGUGUUUCCCAACGGAACCUUAGCCAUGAACGCCCAGGUUAACGAAGGAGACGUGUUCUGGAUCCCGCGCUACUUCCCGUUCUGCCAGAUCGCGUCUCGCUCCGGCCGAUUCGAGUUCUUCGGGUUCACCACCUCAGCCCGCAGGAACCGGCCCCAGUUCUUGGCGGGGUCCAACUCCGUUCUGCAAAGCAUGAGGGGGCCCGCUUUUGCGGCGGCCUUUGGGGUAAGCGAAGAGAGGCUCAAGAGAAUCGUGAAUGCUCAGAGCGAAUCUACGAUUUUGCCCCCGGCGUCUGCUUCAGGGAACAAAGUGAAGAACGAGAUGGUUAUGGGCUUUGAGGGAAUUUACUAGGCGGUGGAGAUGAGGAGUUGGUUCUAUUAGGUAAUAAUUAAGGCAGGAAGAGUUGUUUUUCGGAAGAGUUUUCUCUGCGUUCAAUUUUGUUUUUGUUUUUGUUUUGUUUUGUUUUUUUUUUGGUAGAGGUUUGGUUUUAGUCUUCUGGGUUUGUUUUGUUCAUGCCCUUGAGGCUUGAGAGUUGUGAAAUAAGAUUGCGUUUUGCAUUUCUUCCUAAUCGCAUUGGUUUCUUGUUUGAGAUUAAA